GAUAACAUGAAGGGCCAGUCAGUGCAAUGGGGCGUGGCCAUUGUGCUUAGUCUCUGGUCACUGACCAAUGCAGUUUCCCAGAGUGCUCCUAUUGUUUCAGACAUCACUCCUUAUCACGGUAGCAUCAAUGGAGCAACCAGGCUGACGAUUAAAGGAAAAGGUUUCUUAAAACCAAGGCCAUUUGACUACACAGGAGGAAAUGGACAACUGGGCAAUAAGGUGCAGCUCCUAUCAGAAACCAGGUCCAUCCCCUGCGACGUAGAGAAAGAUUCCAGCCACGAAACACAGGUUAUUUGCUACACCAGACCACUACCAAAAGACAGCUAUCAGGUUGUAGUGAGUGUAGACGGGGUUCCGAUUAAUGCCAACAAGAUGAUGGUCUUUAAAUCAGAAGACCAUUAUACACCAACCAUUGAGAGGAUUUCGCCCUUGUCUGGAUUACCAGGUCAACUCAUUAACAUCUCUGGAGAUAUUUUUACUAAUAUCUAUGGCAGCAACAAACCGAUAGACUCCAAUCUCAGAAAAACCAGGAUUUUGAGGGUCUACGCUGGAGGGAUGUUUUGUGACCUCCUUCAACCUGAUUCUGAUACAUUGUAUGGUUUGAAACUUGACAAUGUGUACAGUGACAGUGGCAUGAUGACUUGUAAAAUGAUGGGAACAUAUGUUGGUCACCACAAUGUGAGUUUUAUUUUGGACAAUGGCCAUGGAAGGUCUUUGCCCAAUCUGAACACUUACUUCAUUUCUUCCCUGAAUAAACUCAGCAUGUUUCAAACCUAUGCAGAGGUGACUGGGAUCUAUCCGUCUGACGGGAGUGUGGAAGGAGGAACCCUCCUGACUGUGACUGGCCGGUUCUUUGAUGAAACAGAUGCCCCUGCCAGAGUUACUGUAGGAGGUCAGAGCUGUGAGGUUCAAAGUGUCAGCACAACUCAGAUAAUCUGUCAGACCCCAAAGGAAGCCUGUCAUCUCAGAACAGUUUUUCCAGGAGGAAGAGGAUUGAAGAUAGAAACAUGGCAAGGUGGCAACCUGGAUGAUUUACCAGACUACAAUGAAAAUACUCCAGGGUAUUCAGUAUCUUGGACUGAUGAGGCUUUAGUUCCAGCCUCCACAUCACAGAGUCCAUCAGUAACACGCUUAAGUGGGUUCUUCGUUGCUCCAGAGACUGAUAAUUACCGUUUCUAUAUCAAUAAGUGCGGUUCUUUCCAAUUGUAUUUCAGUUUAACUGGGAUCCCUCAGGACAAGGUGAACAUUGCUUCUAGGCCUCAGAAUCUCCGGAGAUAUGGUAAUCAAGAAUUUGACACUAUGCACCUUCAGAAAGGGAAAGCAUAUUACAUUGAAUUGGUGCUGCAGAAAAAAACCAGCUCCUCCUUUAGUAUUGGUAUGUACAGGGAGAACAUCUCCUACAUGGAACAACAGACAGCAGACUCUGUCAAUGAAGUUCAGCUCAUCAAAUCACACUCUCACAUUCUUCUUGAGAAACAGAUUUUGGCUUUGGAGAACUGGAAUAUACGACGUGCAAUCAGUGAGGUUCAGGAGAUCAUCAUCAGCAGCUCUUGUCAAAAGACCAGUACCUGUUCGUACAUUUGGUAUAGACUCAUCUAUAAUCAAGACCGCACAGUCCUUAUUCCUAUGGAUGCCAAUGCUGCAAAAGUUCAACAAGCUUUAAAUGAUCUGUGGACAAUUAAACCAGACAAGGUUCAAGUGUCAAGAAAAUCAACCAACAAAAACAUUAUCUAUAAAGUGACCUUCAUAUCCACACGAGGAGAUUUUGAUUUACUUCAAUAUGAGAUCCAGAGUGGAUAUGAUGUCACCAUUGAAGUGGUGGAAAGAACUAAAGGGAAGCCCAAAAUGGAUACAUUUACACUGAUGUUGGAUGGGAUCAGCUCGACACCUAUUUCACACAAAGCAAGCGUUACUGAGGUCAAAGCUGCUUUAGAAGGAAUGUUGGAUGUAAAGUGUCCAGAUCACAUAGUCAACUACAGGAAGGGAUACACAGUCUAUUAUUUCAACAAUUUUGAGGAUGACAUAUCCAAGAAUAUCUUUCAAGGUGGCCAAGUGACAAUGAAAACUAAUGCUUUUUGUGGACGCUAUUGUGUAAAAAAUCCCACAUCUUUGUUUGGCUUUGCAAGUUAUCAUCAACCAUUUUCAUUACGUACAUACAGAGAGCUUUGCUUUGCAUAUAAAGGUCAUUUGAGAAAUAAUUUUCGUCUAUCGUUUACUUACCAAGUUGAUGAUGAAAGAAAAGCAAAGAAUCUUUGGUUUCCAUACAGAUUUGUUCAAGAUAAUCAAUGGACCUACACCUGCAUCAAUUUAUAUGAACUUGUGAUAUCCAAAGUUCCCAGAGGAACAAGGUUUUUGUUGAAGGCGAUACAUAUGCGGACAGCAAGAGACCAAGAUUUCUUUGUUGAUACUGUGUAUAUUGGACAGAGGCCUACAGUGCAGAAUCAAGAUGGUAUUGUUAUUUUGUAUUUCAAACCUGAGCGAGAUGUACCAAUAGUAGCUUAUCCUCCAUUGUUUGACAAAGGAAUUCUUAUUGAGGAGUUCCUAGUUACUGAAGAAAGAACGAAAAAAGAUGGUAUGCACAGUCAGUAUGAAGUAACUAUGGUUACCAUCGACUGUGGCUGCAACAUUCCGUUGCUAGAGAUUGCCUUUGCUCAGGCUUUGCCUAAUGGCACAAAGGAUGAGAUGGUUUACAGAGGGAGCACUUGGCCUCAGGGGGCCGUUCUAAGAGUUUCGAGAACACAAGCAGCAUCUCCUCCAAUCUCUGGUACCUUGGAUAUUGAGUACUUUGGGAAAACCUUGAAAGAUUUGCCAGUUAAUGCUACAGCCUCGGAAAUGCAAUAUGCCUUACAAACAAUCUCUGAGAUUGGGACAGUUUCUGUAACGAAAUCAGGCAACUGUUCUGCCGCCGAGUGGACAGUGAAAUGGCUCAGCAAGCCGGGCAAUCAGCCCACGUUAAAGAUUAAUGAUCUGAAUGUCUUUGGAGUCAAUGCAACAGCAAAGGUUCAUAAUAAGCAGCAAGGAGGGCUAUUCAGUGAACAUCUGAUCGGCGAUCUGUUUCGGACACCACACACACUGCCUCAGGUGAAGGUUUUCAUCAAUGGUAUUCCCAGUAAGUGUUCCGGGAAUUGUGGAUAUAAAUGGAAAGCUGAGAAAACCCCGACCAUUUCACGCAUUACCCCAACAACAGGAUCCAGGUCCAGUGGGACUGUUCUGACCAUAACAGGCUUUGGAUUCGCCAACAGUUCGAUGACUGAUACCACUUGGGUUUCGAUUGGAGGUACCCAUUGUCCAAUCACAGGAUUAACUGAUACCGAAAUAACCUGUAUGAUUGGAGUUGCCAGUAAUACAUCAUCUCCUCUCAUUGUUUACAUCGCUGGACUUGGCUUUGCAAACUAUUCCAGCAACCAGGCAUACACAUUUACGUUUCAGUUUGAGGCAACAAGUAUAUAUCCAUCCAUAGGCAGCACUGAAGGAGGGACAAUUCUGACCAUAUCUGGUUAUGGAUUUGUUCCUAAUUCAAUGGUUUUAAUUGGGGGGAAGACCUGCCUUCAACUUACAGAAAGUCCUGUCAAGAUGAAAUGCAGAACUCCAGAGGCCCCACCUGGAAUGUAUAACAUCUCAGUGAUUGCUGCUGGAAUAUCCAACCUAGUUCCCUUCUCCUUCAUUUACAUUGAUGCAAAGAUUCCAGUAAUCUCAGAAGUGAUUCCAAAAACAAGCAGUGUGGCAGGUGGUUCCAAUCUGACAAUCUAUGGAUCGGAUUUUGGCAACAAAUCUGAAGAUAGUUUUGUAGUUAUUGGGAACUCUGAGUGCGCAAUUCUUCGAUGGUCGACCAACAACAUCACGUGUUGUCCGCCCAGCCUCCCUCCGGCGAAUUACAGUAUCUAUGUACAAACUCGUGUUGGCAAAUCUCUAAAUGCUUCAGUCGAGUAUGUCUUGCGAGUGACCGAAGUGACUCCUCAGCAGGGCUCAUUGUAUGGAGGCACGAAAAUCACCAUUUCUGGAUCUGGUUUCAGUCCCGUCCCAGAGGACAACAUUGUUCAAAUUGGUUCUGUUCCCUGUCACAUAACCUUUGCUUCUCCAAACAUUCUCAAGUGUGUUUCUGAUCAAACUGGAAGAAAAUUUGUCAUCACCAACAAUGGCAGCAGUGGAACAAUUGGAGUGGGGUAUGAGUGGAAUCCUUCAACCCUGGACAUCGUCGUUGGGGAUACAGUACAGUGGCAGUGGCAGUCCCCACCUUUACUUCAAAAUUUGAGAUAUAGAGUCUUCAGUGUCUCCAAGCCCAGUGGUGUAAACUACAAAGGCAGUGGGUUUAUUAGUGGCAAUGUGAGCACUUCAUCUGGUUCGUUCUCUUAUCAUUUCACCUCCCCCGGGACUUAUUACUACAGCAGUGGUUAUGUGGACCAGAAGCAAAGCAUCAUUCUCCAGGGAACGGUGAAUGUGAAGCCAGCUGAGGAAAGGAUCGAAAGUGUACAUAUUUAUUUGGCAGGGAUUGAAGCAGAAUAUGUACCAGGGCCUUCUGAGAAACUGCCUUCACAACAAAAACGUGAUAGUGACUGUACAGCACCGAUCCCCACAUGUAACCAGACAUUGAACAGGACCGAUGACAAAAGCUUCACAUUCUACCUGUCUGCCUGCUACUCCCCCACAAUCAACAGCAUCACACCCUCGAAAGGAACAGUGAAGGACAAACUAACCAUUACCGGGACUGGAUUCAGUAAAAUCGGCUGUGCAAACGAGGUGAGAGUUGGAAUACAUCCAUGUGUCGUUGAAAGUAGCACGGAGAAUGAACUUCUAUGUCAGAUAGAUCCUGAGGGAGCGAUGGAUAUUGGCAUUGCAGCUCUGGUGUCCGUGACAGUCCAUAACCUCGGCACAGCUAUCAAUACAGUAACCAAUGAAUUGAGUCGUCGUUUUGUGCUGCUUCCUCACAUUGAUGAUGUUAGCCCCAAUGUUGGGUCCACAAUGGGAAAGACCAGAGUAACCAUCACUGGGUCAGGAUUUGGAGCUGACCUGAGCGCUGUCAGGGUCCAGUUAGCCAAUGUGCUUUGCACGCUGGUUUCUGCAAACUGCACACAUGUCAUCUGUGACUCUUCAGCUUCUAUUGCCUCUACUGGGAUUGUCACACUUUCUGUCCAUGGCAUCCCAGCGGUGUGUAGUGGCACCUGUGACUAUUCCUACACAGAGAGUGCAGCACCAAUCAUACUGAAUGUGUCUUCUACACUCCUGACUACAGUUUACACAGAGCUUACUAUAAGUGGCAGUGGAUUUGGGAACAGUGUGGAUGAGGCUUUCGUCCAUAUAGGAAAUGCCAGUUUUGUUCCAAAUGAUGUUUCAGACAUCAGCAUGAACUGCACAGUAGGCCCCGUGCCUGUUGGCAAACACACACUCAGGGUUUUAACAUUAAGUAAAGGUCUGUCACUAAGAGGGAUUUCCAUCACCAGUGCUGCCAGAGCUUCCCUCUCUCCAGCAUCAGGAGGUAUCCAUGGUGGUACCACAUUGUUAAUAACAGGAAAUGGUUUUAUCCAGGAUGAAACCAUUGUGAUGGUUCACAGAUCUCCAUGCCACCUUCUUUCGGUCACUCCAGGUGAAGUUAAGUGCAUCACUCCCGCUGGUCCCCCAGGCACUGUCGAUGUAAAGAUUACUGUUCGUUCUACAAUGUAUCCUGUCCUUAACUUUACCUACAACCAAACAGAGACUCCAGAAGUUCUAGCUGUAUCUCCAGUAACAGGUGUAAGUGAAUCAACAAUCACCAUCAUUGGGUCGGGAUUUGGAUCUUCUGCCUCUAACAUCACUGUCUCAAUAGACAAUGUCUUGUGUAAAGUGACCAUGAUGAAUGACAGUUGCGUUCAGUGCAUUGUGGGACAUCAUGCUGGUGGCACAUUCCCUAUUUUUCUGAAACACGAGAGGUGGGGAUACGCAUUGUCUGAUCUGUCUUUUCAAUACGAACUCAAUAUAAACAGUAUCUUUCCAACUGAAGGAAGCUUUGGUGGUGGUGCAUUACUAACAAUAACGGGCAUUGGAUUCGACCAAGAAAAAUCCAAAGUGUUUGUGUGUGAUGGUGAAUGCAAGAAGAUGCCAUCAGCCUCCACUUCCAGAAUUCUGUACUGUCAGGUGCCACUGCAUAAUGGUACUGACCCUGAGCUGGCGUGUGACGUGGUUGUUGUAAACGGUAAUGAUUCAAGCAAAGUGUCCAAUGGCUUCACCUACCUAUCAGCUUUGACCCCCGUAAUUACAACCAUUAACCCCAGGAGAGGAGGAACUGGGGGAGGCACCAAGCUGACCAUUACAGGGUCAGGUUUCUGUUCAGACAUAAGUGAGAAUAAUGUCAUUAUAGCUGAAACUCCCUGUGAGAUCCAGUCUGUGAAUGAAACCAACAUUGUGUGUGUUACCGGCGCACAUUUUCCAUCACAACAAACUAAAGUUAUCGUGAACGUACGGGGAAAUGGCAUCGCCAAGCUGGACAAUGCAGAUUUCAACUACAUUGAUGUCUGGUCCUCACGUUACACAUGGGGAGGUGACACACCUCCUGAGGCAGGCUCACUUGUCGUUAUCACCAGAGGGCAGACUAUACUCCUGGACCAAAGUACCCCUGUCCUGAAGAUGCUUGUCAUUCAAGGUGGAACCCUUGUGUUCGAUGAAGCCGACAUUGAGCUUCAAACAGAGAACAUUCUCAUCACAGAUGGAGGAGUGUUCCAGAUUGGAACAGAAUCCGCCCCAUUCAGGCACAAGGCAAUAAUCACACUGCAUGGUCACCUCCGGGCAAAGGAAUUGCCCCUGUAUGGAGCCAAGACACUGGCUGUUCGAGAGGGAACCCUGGACCUUCAUGGCCUUCCUGUUCCUGUAGUUUGGACUCAUUUAGCUCAGACUGCCAAAGCAGGGUCCUCCAAUCUCAUUUUACAAAAAGCUGUGACGUGGAAACCAGGGGAUAAGAUCGUCAUUGCAUCAACCGGUGACAGCCACAGCCAGAGAGAAAAUGAGGUUAGGAUUAUAGAGGCUGUCUCAGAUGAUGGGCGGAUCCUGUACCUAACUGAGCCACUCAUGUAUCAGCACCUGGGGGUAUCAAUCCCCCUGCCUGACGGCGUUGUGUUUGAAGCCAGAGCAGAAGUGGGUUUACUGACCCGUAAUAUUGUUGUUCGAGGCUCAAAUCAAGUUGAGUGGAAUGAUCGAAUCGAAGCAUGUCCUGAGGGGUUUAACACAGGAACCAGUAUCGUCCCAUAUAUGCCCACUUGUAGCAUAUAUAAGUGUGGUUGGAUGGCUCUUUUUCCAAAUGAUGAGAUCUUAAAUUGGCACUUUAAGGAUAUGGAUCAUAUCACCAACAUCUCUUACAAAGCCAUUUUCCAUCACUUCAAGGACAAUGAUUCUAUUGUACUGUCCCAUAAAUUCAUCCAUCAACCAGACUAUUUCAAGAUCAUGAAUCCAGUUCGGAAUAAUUCACUCCAACCUCUCAGUUGGGCCAGCAACCAGAAUGGCGAUUGGUACUUCGACCAGGAGAAUUUGACCCUGUAUUAUCUGAUUUCAGGAAGGGGAGUUUCAGAGCGACACAGCUUUCACUCAAACCUCGACCCAACAAUGGUUGACAUCGAUGUUCAGUUUCAAGUAUUCCGCUGCUUUUACGAGAACUGUGAGCCACCUUCCAGAUACACAGAGAUCAAUGCCUCUAAUUAUGUAACUUGGUCGAACUCAUCGUUCUGGGAAUCAAGGCCAGAAUCCAAUUACACUGUUCCCACUGAAGGUAGCAGCGUGGUGAUCGAACAAGGAAUAUGGAUAGUGGUGGAUAGCCCAAUUCCUCCACUCUAUAAUCUUACCAUUCUUGGUACCUUAGAAAUUAGGGACGACAACUUAAAGUCAUUUAAUCGUUCAUCGUCCUACUCAAGAAUCGUCCUGAAUGCAACAUACAUUUCAAUUCAGGGAGGGAGGCUGAUUGCAGGCAGCCCAGAGAAACCGUUCCAAGGAGAGCUACAGAUUGUUUUGAUGGGAGACCAUUCAACCCCCGAGUGGCCUUUACGAAAUGGGCCCAAUCAAGGUUCGAAGGUGCUGGGUGUGUUUGGAGGACUGGAUCUGCACGGUAUUCCCCAUUUGGUCUAUAAAACCAAACUGGGUUCAACAGCACAUGCCGGCUCCCUCAACAUAACUCUGGUUGAAGCCGUCGAUUGGCAGGAAGGAGAUGAGAUCUUUGUGUCAACAACAAGCUAUAAUUACACACAGACAGAAAUCAGAACAAUCCACUCUAUCUCCUUUGAUAGAAAGACAUUGGGUUUGAAUGAAGCACUAUCGUACACACACGUUGCGGAAACACAGGAAUUGAAGGGAAGAGGCCAGAGUUACACUCUGGCGGCAGAUAUUGGCCUGCUCAGCAGAAACAUCAAGAUCAUUGGCCAUAAUCACCCUGACAAGGCAGAUGAAUUGUUUGGAGCACGAGUCUUGAUCAGUUCCUUCUUCCAUAACGGAAUGGAGUUCAAAGGUAAUGCCAGAAUACAGGAUGUUGAAUUUUAUCACAGUGGACAGUAUGGUUACUUAAGUUACUUUGGCCCACGAUAUUCUGUGUCUUUCCUCAAUCUUGGAGAGAUUGUAGAAAAUGAAUCUUACAUUCGUGGAUGUGCUUUCCAUCACGGAUUUACUGCUGCCAUAGGAGUCUUUGCAACAAGUGGGCUUAAUAUUGAUGACAAUGUCAUAUUCAAAACUUAUGAUGGAGGUAUCACAUUAAUGGGUGACAGGAAUCGGGUGAGGAGGAAUCUGGUGGCUCUCACCUUGCGGUCUUCACUUUCCGAUGCUUGGGCUGCAGCAAUUGAGAUAAUUGAAGGCUCUGAUAUUGUGCUUCAAGGGAACAUUGUUGCAGGAUUUAAGAAAGCUGGUUAUCGAAUCAAUGGGGAACCAUGUCCAAAGCAUUCAAAUCCCGAUGAGGCCUGGUUUAAUAAUGAGGCCCAUGGAGGACAGUAUGGUAUUUACAUGAACAGAAAUGGUUUUCCUACUUGCAGCCUUAUCCAAGGAUUCACGAUCUGGAAAUGCUGGGAAUAUGGAAUAUACUUCCAGACUGAGGGAUCGAUACAAAUUUCCAAUGUAACUCUGAUGGAAAAUAAAUUGAGUAUUUUUUCAAUGAUAUAUGGAUCCUCAGCAUCUGGACCGAGGAUAUCGAGCAAGCGCAUUCUUAUUAGUAAUGCCUUACUGGUAGGAAUUAGCCCCAUCUCCAACUGCUCGGAUUUACAACCUGAUGAUUCUAUUCUGAGCCACAAAAAGGUGGACAGGAAUGGAAUAUAUUGGCCAACGUUUGCCUCUGCUGGUAACAACGCACCUUAUAUGCCACACGAUAGCUUGACAUCCUAUCCUGCAAUCGGUGGACAAAUGAUCAUAGAAAAUACGACUUUUGUUGGAUUCAAAGGCACAUGUUCCAACAAACUGAAUGUUAUGUUUAUCACUAAUCCAAAGAAUGAGGAUUUUCAGCAUCCCAUUCUCGUGAAGGGAAUCACUAUUGUGGACAGUGAGGAGCGAGGCAAAGUCUUCAUACACAGACCUAAUGUGGCGAAAGUAAACCCUGCGGACUGCGUGGACAUGGUCUGUGAUGCCAAGAAGAAGACACUGCUGAAAGAUCUUGAUGGCUCAUUCCUGGGGGCAGUUGGAGCAGUUGUCCCUCAGUCAGAAUAUGAAUGGGAUGGUGACCGUCGCUACGGGACUGGGGAUUAUCGAAUUCCAAAAACCAUGUUGACACAUUUAAAUGGCAAUCGUAUUCCAGUCUCUCAGAUUGCACCACACAAAGGAAUUAUUCGAGAUUCCACUUGUACCUACAUGCCCGACUGGCAAAGCUACAAAUGCUUUGGGCUAAACUAUGAAAUACUGGUUAUUGAAAGCCUGGAUCCUGAUUCAGAGACCAGGCGGUUGUCCCCAGUAGCUCUGCUUACAGAGGGUUACGUUGACCUUAUUAAUGGCCCCCAGGAUCAUGGCUGGUGUUCUUCCUAUGCUUGCAACAAGAGAGCCUCAAUCUUCCACGCAGUUGUGGCCACAAACAAGCCAUACGAGUUAUAUUUCACUGGCGUUAGCCCUCAGAACCUACGCAUAAUUCUUCUCAACGCAGAUGACAGCAAAGUUAUACGUUUGGCAAUAUAUUACUCCACAUCUCAACGACUGGAUGUGUAUGUGAAUAAUACCUUCGUACCCCCUACUAAUGCAAAAUGGAAUGCUGACAAAACUGACUUCACACUAAAGGGCCCAACCUAUGCAGGAGAAUUCACUCCCAAGUUGGACUCCUCUGUCAUUGGAGAAAAUUACUUUGACAGAACCUAUCAGAUGCUUAACGUUCUGGUGAGAGGAUCAACUCCAAUUGAAGUGCAUACAGCUCCUGUCCUUCACAUCUCCUUUAAUCUACCUGCAAUGACCGUGGAUGAAUUUUAUGGCCCCAAUCUAGUAGAAAAUCUUGCCCUGUUCCUUAAUGUACCUCAAAGUAAGAUCCGCAUUACUAACAUUGUGCGUGAGACAGGGCUCCGCAGGAAGCGUGCUACAGGGAUCACAGUUGAAGUGGAAAUCAGAGACCCACCGUCAGAGCAUUUUUCUGUGGACAAUAGUAACUCUACCAACACCACCUCUACUGAAGGCAAACUGAAGUUCUCUGAUCUGGAGGAAAUAGCCAGCAAUCUUGGUGAGGCCAUGCUCACUGGAAACCUGAGUGCUUCCCUGGCCUUUACAAUCUCUACAAUGGAUCUUUCCAGUCCAGUGCCACCUCCAGGUGAUGCAGAGUGGGCUCAGAUGACUUCAAAACCAGUGCUGAGCAGAGCAGUGAGAACCAACCACGUGGCCGCUGUGACUGGUCUCGUUGUGGUCAGAGAGCCAGUUGCUGGACAAACCGGGCAACUGUUGAAUCAACAGCCCAGCGUGAAGGCAGUGGAUGACGCUGGUAACUGUGUGUCAGUCGGUGUUACCUCAUGGGAGUUGGUUGCUGUUCUCCUGAAUUCUCAGAAUGUGACUGUUACUGGACUUAAUGGGACAACGAGUAUCUUGUUCAAAGACUGUUGGGCAAAUUACACUGACCUCUCCAUCAACACAAACGGUACCAGCUACAAACUAGUAUUCGAACUGAGGUCGAUUAAAACUUAUUCUGGCACCUUCUCUGUGAAACAAAUAAAUGACAGCCCUGGGAAACCCUCAGGCCCCAGCCCAUCCUUGGCUCUCGGUAAUACACAGGGCAUCAUCGGUGGCUCCAUUGUGGGAGGCCUUGUGCUCAUCCUCCUCAUUGCUGGCAUAACCUGGAAAUUAACAGCUGGCAACACGAGGAAGAUUCAGGUGUCUGGCAUGCCUGAGACACAAGAGAAGAAACAAGCCGACACAGUUGCUGGUCAUAAACCAGGCCAUAGCCUCCCACCAGUGCAAAACUGACCAGCUUAAAGCAUGAAACUUGAUGAAAGCAACCAGAAUUGAGUGAAAAUGAAGCAACAAAUGAAAUCCAACAGUCUUUUAUUUUCGGAGCAAGUUGAUUAUAACCCAACACAAUAGUGAGAUUUCUAUUAGGUUAACCUUCAGAUUUCUCAUCCAAUGAAACUAGUCUUUGCCAAGUGUGUGUCUUCAUAACUUACUGACCAUUGUGGCAGUCACUCUCCUGCACAUUUUCUCGAUGUUUUUAAUCAAAAUUAAGAACCAGCUGGGGCAGCUGUUGGGAGCUGGCCAGGGGAGAAGAGAUAUGAAUGCUGUAAUUUUAAUGAAAAAUGUACAUAUUACAAUGCACAAUCCAGGUACAUAUCAUUCACAUGUUGACAUUUGAAGGCAUUCCUCAUCAUUCAGUAAAUAUUUGGCUCAACACAUACUUGACUGUUCAUUUCCCAAUCAACAUACAGAAAGGUCAAAAGUCACAUUGAUUUUGAUAAUUGUAUGGCAUAUAACACAUGGCAUGAAUGAUGGUGUCUAUGAUUCUGUUUUAUUAUUCAGAAAUCCAUAAUUAAUCAGAAGUCCAAUUUGUUAUAUUUGGAUUCCCCAGAUCGCACAUAGCUUACAUAUUGAAUAGUCUUAGUUGAUUUCCUUAAAUACCCAAACUAUAUCCAGUCCUUUACUGUUGCAAUUCAAGUGUUCCUGCUCCCAAUCUCAAAUAUUUUGUUUACCUCUCUGCUUUAAUCUAACAGUUGCAUAACAAGGAGCGUAAGUCCACACACAAUUCUCACUAAUUAAUAGUUAACUAUCCAUCCUUACAAAUUACAUUACUUUGCAUCAUGUGGAGGAUGCACAGACAACUAAAGUCAAUCAUAGACAGUGAUGUUGGUCUGAUUUAUAUUUUUGCUAAUAUUUGAUUUUUGGUUUACAAUGACAUUGAAUGGCUGUGUUCAAUUAAAAUACAAUGAUCUG